UGCUAUGGCAAAGAAAAAGCGCUUGCAGUGUUUUGCACACACUCUUCAGCUGGUGGUGGGAGAUGGUUUGAAAGAAACAAAAGUGGUAUCUCCUUCUCUUUCGAAGUUAUCUAAACUCAGCUCACUGCUGCACACAAGCACAACAUUCAAAGAUGUGUUUGAUGCUGAAUUUGGGGAACAGAAAGGCAUCCCUGCUGCAGUCAACACAAGAUGGAACUCAACACUGAGGCAAGCGAAGGCUGUUCUCCAGUGCAAUCAUGUAAGGCUCUGUGCUGUUCUAGAAAAGGCUGGGCACAGGGAGUUGUCAUUCACAGCACGGGAGUGGAAUCUGUUGAAAGAUUUGGUGGACAUCUUGAAGCCAUUUGGAGAAGCAACUGAUUUGACACAGGGGGAGAAGGUCAUCACAAUCAGUGCUGUUGUUCCAUCCAUCUUGUCCCUCAACCACCACCUUGAGAAACUGAAGCCUCAGGUCUGUUUUCUGAGCGGCCUGGUCAGAAGUCUCCAGACAUCCCUGAACAAAAGAUUUCUUGGAAUCUUCAUCAAUGUGAAAAUGGCCAGGACACAAGAUGGGAUCACUGCUCCCUUUUCAGAUCCAGUCUACCUCAAAGCAGCUGUCUUGGAUCCAGCCUUUUCUCUGUUGUGGGUGGAGCCCCAUGUGCUGGUCAGUCGUGACGUCAAGGCAGAGGUGGCACAACAGGUUAAAGAAUUGAUCCUGCAAGAUGCUGCAGAGACUGAGCAACCUGCGCCUCUUGUUGAUGAAAAAGAGCAAGGGGACCUUGGAGAAGGAGAAGGGCUGUUUGCUGCUUACCACAAGAGACAGAAGAAGGAUGUUGGGACUACUCCAGCACUACAGCUAAGUCACUACCUUGACAUAGCUGAAGGACAGAAUGCCCUUUUGUUCUGGGCAUUGAACAUGAAGACUCUUCCUUCACUGUUCCGAGUGGCCAUGAGAGUCUUGGCAGUGCCUGCCUCCAGUGCUCCAGUGGAGUGAGUUUUCAGCCAUGGUGGCAUCAUACUACGCCCCCAUCGUGCACAAAUGACUGACAGACUCUUGGCUAAUUUGGUCUUUUGCAAAUGCAAUGCAGCAUAUGGC